UGCACAAAAAUAAAAACUCAAAGCAAUGGCAGAUACAGGGAUUAAUCACAGUGGUUUCAAUGUCUUGAGUAAGAAAAGAACAGGAUCCACGGAUCAAUGGAAUCGAGAAGAUUUCAUCGCAGCCAAGAAGGCGAUGAAACCGAUGAUCUGUGAGGACCCAGCGGCGGCUCUGUCCAAUGCUCGCCACGAAUUCGGCGAGCAUGGCGGCGUGAACAUGUCAAUUGAGGCCUCCGCCACCUUCACAGUCAUGGAACCAGAAACCAUGCGCCGUAUGUUUUCCGGAGAGCUUGGCCCCGAUCACGACUUUUUUAUUUACAGUCGCCAUUUUAACCCUACCGUUUUGAAUCUCGGCCGUCUCAUGGCUUCCCUUGAGGGCACCGAGGCGGCGUACUGCACAGCUUCCGGCAUGUCCGCCAUCUCCUCUGUGCUCCUCCAACUCUGCAGCGCUGGUGGACACGUGGUCGCCUCUCGUACCCUGUACGGAGGCACCCACGCUCUCUUUACACAUUUUUUACCAAGGACAUGCAAUAUAACGACUUCGUUAGUGGACAUUAGGGAUCACGAAAUGGUUAGAGAAGCCAUCAAAGAAGGGAAAACUAAGGUGUUGUUCUUCGAGUCCAUGUCGAAUCCCACUCUGACGGUGGCUAACGUGCCAGAGCUGUGCAGGAUAGCUCACGAUAAGGGGGUUGUGGUGGUGGUUGACAACACUUUUACGCCGAUGGUGAUGUCCCCGGCGAGGUUGGGUGCCGACGUUGUAGUUCACAGCAUAUCCAAGUAUAUUAGCGGUGGGGCCGACAUCAUUGCAGGUGCUGUAUGUGGGCCAGCCAGCCUGGUUAAUGCCAUGAUGGAUCUUCACCAUGGAGCCUUUAUGCUAUUAGGUCCAACUAUGAACCCAAAAGUUGCUUUUGAACUUUCACAAAGGAUUCCUCACUUAAGCCUCAGGAUGAAAGAGCACGGCAAUCGGGCCUUGGUGUAUGCUACCCGAAUGAAGAAACUAGGCAUUAAGGUGAUAUAUCCGGGCCUGGAAGAUCAUCCGGAUCAUGCUGUUUUGAAGUCUUUGGCAAAUAAAGAUUACGGCUAUGGGGGAAUGCUAUGUGUGGAUAUGGAAACUGAGGAAAGGGCUAACCGUUUGAUGAAUUUGUUGCAGAAUUGCACUGAAUUUGGGUUCAUGGCGGUUAGCUUAGGGUACUACGAGACCCUUAUGUCUUGCUCUGGGAAUAGCACGAGCAGCGAAAUGAAUGCUGAAGAGAAGGCAUUUGCAGGCAUUUCGCCCGGGUUAGUGAGAAUGUCAAUCGGGUACAUUGGCACCUUGGAGCAGAAAUGGAAUCAGCUCGAGAAGGCACUUUUUCGACUGAAUGAUUCAGGUUUAUUCCAGAAGAUGUAGGCUUGUUGUGUUAAUGUUUCUAUUUUAGUUAGCAGAAUAAGAAUGAGAUCCAACAUAAAAUGUUUGGUGGUUUGCUGUGUAAUAUUUCUUUUUAUUGAGCUGUAAACGAUAUUUUAAAUCAUAUUGUAUGUACAUAUACUUGUAACGAUAUAAAGUCACUUUUCGUAUAAAAUAUAAGUUACUAUAAA